UCAUGGCCUACCUUUCUGAUGAGGAACUUCGUCGGCAGCUGAAAUCGUUUGGAUUUUGCCCAGGUCCAAUCUCAGAUAGUACACGAAAGCUAUACCAAAACAAACUCCAGAAGCUGUGUUCAGAGGAGAGAAGCAAGGCGCGGAGCUACUGGACGCCACGAGCGCAGAAGCAGGCGUUUAACCACACGGAGCAGCCGUAUGACAGCCUGAGACAGGUGCGGGCUAAUAGCUCUAGUCCCCUUCACAGGACUCGCUCACGCAUUCGAACCCGUACUCGUACAAGGACUCCCUCUUUUCAAGGCGACAGCGAUGAAUCGGAGGAAGAGUACGAGCAACAAUCCUGGCGGUAUACGACUAAUACCGAACCUCUCCGGAGGCCCGAUUGGCAGGAACGCUGUCAAAACGCAGCUCGGCGUAAUGUGUUUUUGGAGCGUCAACUUUCGAGAUGUCUGGUUGCCUGUACCAUAGGGUUGGCCGUUUUACUGGUAUGGCUUGUCUAUGUGAAGACCGUGGGUUUAGGUCAGAGUGGAGAUGUUAACAAAAACAUUCAGUUGUUGGCGGUGGACUGCAAGGGCAAAAAGGACUCGUUUUGUGCAGCAGAAGAAAACAGGCUUCAAAUGCAGUUACUGUCCAAAUUGUACAACUUUCUUGCUGAGGUGGCAGGCGAUUUGCUGUGUGGCAAUCCUUCAAAACUGAAGAACAAAUGUGUUUGUUUAGAUGAUAUCAAAACAUACUUUUCUGUUUUUUACCCAGAGUACUUGGAUAGAAUGGAUGAUUCUCUUCUUACAGUCUUACAAAGCCGUAAAGACUUUGGCAUACGCCUUGUAGGAGAAGAUGUGAAUACACCUGUCACAGCUGUUGAAGAGAUUCACUGCUUGGAGUCUACCCAUCCUUACAUGAGUCUAUGGUGUAGACUGCAACGAGCAGUCGUCAUUGUGGUUAGCAGACUGUUUAUAUUUAUGUUAGCUCUUUUGGUCUUAUGGGGUGUCCUUGUUCUUCUUCGUUAUCGCUGGAAAAAAUUGGAGGAGGAGGAUCAAGCCAUGUAUGAAUUGGUUAGAAAGAUUAUAGGAGCCGUCAGAGAUCAUUAUAAAGACUGGGAUCAAGGUCUGGAGCCCAUUCCCUAUGUUCCAAUACCACAUAUUAGAGAUACCCUUAUUCCACCACAAAACAGACGGCGGAUGAGAGGAAUUUGGGAUAAAGCUGUAGAAUUUUUAGCUUCAAACGAAUCGCGAAUUCGAACAGAAACUCAUCGAAUUGCAGGGGAGGAUUUUCUGGUGUGGCGGUGGACUCAGCCCUCGGAGAUAUCAGACUCCAGCUAACAAAAGUAAAACCACCAUUGGACUCCUUUAAGUACUGUACGAGGGAAGACUUGAUUAAUUUAUGGGGAAAAAAAAUAAUGAACAGAAAUUUUCCAAAAAAAUUCAAAGUGUCCUCAACACAAACUGAGGAUACUUUUUUGUUAUACAAUCUGUUUAUUUAUUGGAAAAAAACAUUACUCUUGGGUUUUUUUUUUUUUUAAAUCUCCAUUGAGACUUGCUGGUGUGUUAUCUUGUUGAGUUGUUAUGAUGUACUGUUCACUUAAUAUCAAACAGCUACAUUUAGGCUGUGCCGUCUGUCCUGUUGACAAGGAGUAUACACAGUCUUAAUGUCGUCUGGGGUGAUGCCCAGCCUCCUGUCGUCUUGUACAACUUCACACCAUUUACUUCAACGCGCAGUAUUGUAAUGCUUAAGACAGCAACCUGAAAACAGGAUAAAUCAGGCAAAUGUUUAAAAGUACGAAACCACCAGUUUUUUCUAUUUAACCUAUUUUGCCUUUUACUAUAUACAGUGGUGUGAAAAACUAUUUG